UACCUGAACCAGACAUUAGGAACCUCGAUGUUACUUCAGGCAAUACCGGGCAUGCAGUGGAUUGCCUCUUUCUUCUAAAUUUUGGACUUAUCUAAGUCAUCUUUCAGGCCAAAAAUAUGAAGCAUUUUUGUUUGUGCGACUUGGACCACAACCAAUGAUUGUCUGAAGUAUGGAUCAAGGGAUCAAAUUGGCUAUAGUAUGGCUCUUUAUUAGCGUCAAAUGUAAUUAGCUGCAUUUAGUUCCAAUUAGCUGAUUAGCAUUGUCACUAAUGGCCGCUAAUUCAUAAUAAUGUUGAUUGAUAAUCGUCAGCCUUGUUCGACUUCAACCUCAACCACAAAAUGGACAGAGAUAGAGAUAGAGAUAACUGGCAAGGUGUCCAAGAUGGACGUCUGCGAAAGAAAAUCCAAGAUCGACUGGCCCAGCGAGCCCGACGCAAACGAAUAGCAGAGAGUAAAGCAUCAUCAUCACCAUCAUCAGAUAAAAUACCCCCCUCUCUCACCCUCAACCAAGUCCUCAUCCCCACCACCACGACCACCCCCAUCAUAGGCCAAGUCCCCCUGACAGUCUGGGCAGCGCUGUGGCAAAACGGCGCCAUGAUGGAGAUAUCCUGUUCCGUCUGCAUCCCAUCUGUAUCGAAACCAGUCGACGCAACCAUCAUCCCAGCCUCGCUACACCCGACAGAUCUACAGCUCACCACCAUCCACCACAGCUGGAUCGACCGCUUCCCGUUCCCGAAAAUGCGGGAUAACAUGACUACGCUGACGAGCGUGAUUGACGAGAAUGAGUUUCUGCAGGAUUUAUUCUGCAUGACGAGUUUUACGAUUGAGACGGGCGCUGCGUCGUGGGAUGCGAACGCGUGGAAGAUUGGGAGGGAGUUUGAGAUGAAAUGGGGAUAUCUUUUCUUCUAACAAUCUGAUCUUUAUAUCAAACACGAAUGAUAGCCUCCUGAAUCAAACCCGCCAAUUCCUCGGGUCGAGUGAUAGGCGGAAAAUGGCCCGCGUUGAUGGACCGCGUGUCUACCUUAUUUCCACUCUUCUCUUCGAUCAACUUGAUUCUGUCCUGCUGGAAUGUAGGAGGGAGACAGGCAUCCUUCUC